AUUUGCUCACCAAUCCUCUCCCUUGAGUCAACGCACACUUUGUGAAUCUAUUGUGUAUUAAUGAGCUGUGGCUGCUACUGAUGAUAUUGAUCGUAUGCAAGCCUUGAGUAAGCUAGUGAGGUUACAGAGACAUUGGAAGCAAGUCACUGUCUGAAAUGAGUGACAACCUUGCUAAACAACUCUACUUGGCUAGUUAUAAAGGCCGUGACCAAGAAGUGCUUGAGCUGCUAAAGAGAGGAGCUCCACCCAACAACAGUGACUACUACACUAGAGAGCAUAGUGGAUACACUCCACUACACAGGGCAUGUAUUAACCACCAUCUCCGCAGUGCACAACUACUCAUCAAGUUUGGAGCCAUUGUAGCUGCUACACCUAAGGGUGGUCGGACCCCCUUACACUGGGCAUGUCUCCUCAACAGUGAGGCCACUGCUAAGCUGUUACUGGAGCACCACUGUCCCACAGAUAUCAAGAACAACGAUGGACAGACUGCUGCAGAUAUGGCCAGAUUGGGGGGGCACCGUGGCUUGGCUAACUAUGUGGAGGGGUUCCAGCCUGGACCUAGAGAUGCUCUGUCCUCGUACCCAACACUGGAACAGCUGAGUCAGUUGGAAUGUGACCAAUGGCUUCAACUUGGUUUUCACUUGGGAUUGGGCAAUGACCAACUGGAAACCAUAAAGAAGAGCCAACAUCCCACAGCAGCAACUCUCCAGGCAGCCAAAAUCAAGGAUAUUGACAUGCAGUGGAAAGAUAUUGUGGAAGCUCUAGUGAGCAUUGGAGAGUACAAGUUGGCAGAGAGUGUGUGCACUCAGCAAGGGGAAGGUGAGAGUGCUCUGUCAGUGAGUGCAUACUAUGGCUGGCUGUACUGUGUCAAGCGUCUUGUGGAAACUAUGGGCCUCAAUCCUAAAGAGCCAGUCAACAAGGCUGGUGACACCCCACUCUCUCUAGCCUGUGCUAAUGGCCACUUGGACACUGUAAAGUACCUUGUGAACCAGCAUCAUUGUGAUCCUAAAAGUACAGUCAACAAGGCUAGUGACACCCCACUCUCUCUGGCCUGUGCUAAUGGCCACCUGGACACUGUCAAGUAUCUUGUGAACCAGCAUCAUUGUGAUCCUAAAAGUACAGUCAACAAGGCUGGUGACACCCCACUCUCUCUGGCCUACAAAAGGGGACACUGGGAAGUGGUCAAGUAUCUCGCCAUCACUCAUCACUGUGAUACAAAAAUGGCAGUGAAUAAGGCUGGAGACACUCCUCUUUCCAGUGCGUGUUACCGUGGUGACCUGGAGAUGGUCAAAGCUAUCAUCAACAAGCAUGUUGAUCCAAAUAAGCCAGUCAACAAGGCUGGUGACACCCCACUCUCUCUGGCCUACAAAAAUGGACACUGGGAGGUGGUCAAGUAUCUCGCCAUCACUCAUCACUGUGAUACAAAAAUGGCAGUGAAUAAGGCUGGAGACACUCCUCUUUCCAGUGCGUGUUACCGUGGUGACCUGGAGAUGGUCAAAGCUAUCAUCAACAAGCAUGUUGAUCCAAAUAAGCCAGUCAACAAGGCUGGUGACACCCCACUCUCUCUGGCCUACAAAAAUGGACACUGGGAGGUGGUCAAGUAUCUCGCCAUCACUCAUCACUGUGAUACAAAAAUUGCAUUGAAUAAGGCUGGAGACACUCCUCUCUCCCUUGAGUGUUCCAGUGGUAACCUGGAGAUGGUCAAGGCUCUCAUCAACAAGCAUGUUGAUCCAAAUAAGCCAGUCAACAAGGCUGGCGACACUCCAAUCUCUCUGGCCUGUGCAAAGCCAGUCAACAAGGCUGGUGACACCCUACUCUCUCUGGCCUACAAAGGUGUACACUGGGAAGUGGUCAAGUAUCUUGCUCAAGAACAUCAGUGUGACCCAAAAUUUGCAGUGAAUGAGGCUGGAGACACUCCUCUCUCACUUGAGUGUUCCUAUGGUAACCUGGAGAUGGUCAAGGCUAUCAUCAACAAGCAUGUUGAUCCAAAUAAGCCAGUCAACAAGGCUGGUGACACCCUACUCUCUCUGGCCUGUGCUAAUGGCCACUUGGACACAGUCAAGUAUCUUGUGAAUGAGCAUCAUUGUGAUCCUAGAAAGCCAGUCAACAAGGCUGGUGACACUCCACUCUCUCUGGCCUACAAAGGUGGAUGCUGGGAAGUGAUCAAGUAUCUCGCCAUCACUCAUCACUGUGAUACAACAAGUGUCCUCUUGCUAGCAGUAAAGCAUGGACGAGAUUCAACAGUGAAACUUCUACUGGCAGAAUGCCACAGUGAUCCGAAUGUGACUGACGAAGAAGGCAAGACACUUCUCGAUUUGGCAAAUAAUUCUAAGAUCAUAAAGCUACUCUUGAAACACGGAGCUAAGGCUGCCAAUGUCUACAAGGAACACAGCAAGCUCAUCGGAAAGCUCUCCUCCGAGCGACCCCCACACCUUCCUCUGUCUGUGCUCAUCAUUGGUGAUGGUGGCGUGGGGAAGAGCACUCUGUUGAAGUCCUUUCUGAGCCCAAAAAGGUUUUGGUCUAAACUACAGAAGGCAAAACCAGUAGGUGGUGUCGAUGCAAAGACAGUGGGUAUCAUUCCAUACGAAAUAUACACCAAAGAGUUUGGGAGAAUCAUCUACUUUGAUUUCGCUGGCCAGAAAGAGUUUUACACGAGCCACUGUGCCAUUCUGGAGAAUGCUGUUCAAACCUCACCACCCAUCAUUAUCCUCUGUGCUCAUCUUGUAGAAAGUGAGCAGGCGAUUAUUGAUUCCAUGUAUCGUUGGUUGACCCUCGUCCAAAAUCAGUGCACCAAUCUGAAAGGCAAAGCACACGUGAUAGUAGUUGGUAGCCAUGCCGACCAAGUGAAGGAAAUUGGAGAAGAUCCACAAGCCAAAGAGAGUAUCUUUGCCCCCAUUAUCAAGCAAUUCCCAAAGUUUGAGUUCAAAGAGUUCAUUCCAAUGGAUUGCCGCUUUGCUGAUUCAAAUGAUAUGACAAAAGCAAGAAAACAGAUUCAGAAAAGCUCCGCUAUUCUCCGCUCUCCAGAAACCAUCAGCCUGAAUGCUCACACUUUUUACAUUUAUCUUGCCGAAAGCUUCAAAGACGACCUUGCUUUGUCGUUGGGAAAUGUCUCCGAAAAAAUUAAGAGCGAUCUUAACGAGGAUCUGUCAAAACGCACCCAAGAUAUUCUUUCUUUCAUACCCAGCACCGUCCCUCACCUUGUAGAGAUUUGUGACCAGCUGCAUAAAAGAGGUCUCCUCUUGUUUCUCCGCAAUGACAGCUCUCCAGAGAAGUCUUUCUUAGUGAUUGAUCAAGCAACACUUCUGUCCAGAGUCACUGGGACCGUGUUUGCUCCUGAAAGUUUCCGCCAGCACUGCAAGCUAGCUUCAAGUACUGGAGUGGUGCCUUUGUUGAAAUUCAGAAAAGAAUUCGAAGGCUUUGACACGGAGAUGCUGAUUGCCUACAUGUCACAUUUAGAGCUGUGCUUUGAAAUUAUAGACAUCCAAGUCUUGGAUUUCAUUUCGAAGGAGAUUGCUUCUUCCACUGACAGAGAUUCUUCUGUUCCUGAGUCUGACACUCGAUACCUCUUCUUUCCAGGGCUCAUUCGAAUCGAAACUCCUGAGCAAGCUUGGAAAGACGCUCAAAGCGUUAAGUACCACUUUGGUUGGAUACUUGAAACCUCUCAAGAUACCGAGUUUUUCGAUCCUCGCUGCCUUCAGGUCCUCAUUCUGAGGAUAGUGUUCACGUUCCGCCUUGCCCCUGCUAGCAAAGUAUUGCACAAUGUCCCUUCCCUUCAAAAAUUCUGCUCUGUAUGGAAGAAUGGGAUCUACUGGUGCAACGAUGAUGGGAUCACCGCACACCUUGAGCUUGCUGAAAAUGGCCGAUCUCUUGUUCUGAAAAUGCGCUCAGACACAGUUAGACCUGAAGGUUUGAUUCAUCGCUCCAGAAUUGUGAGCACAAUCCGUGAGACUGUUGAAUGUUUUGGCCGCAAUGUGAAUGUGAUUGAAUCAGUGAUUGAUCCAGAUGAAGUUGUCAAGCAUCCUCUGAAAAAUCCCUCUGACCUCCCAUUGGUCAACAUCAAAGAUAUUGCAGCAGCUGUCUCCUCCAACAGAGGCACAAUAAAAUCAACACAACAAGUUGCCUUUGCCUUCAAGCACCUUUUACAGUUUGAACUGUACGCUGGCCUGGAUCAACCCACCAUACAGUGUAUCCACAGUGACAAAAAUCCCAAGAAAGAUGAGAAAAUCUCCAGAGCUUUCAUUUCAUAUUUUUCCAGCCAAAUUUCUGACCCUGACAGUGAAGAACAGGAUCAAGUAGUUCGAAACAGUCGCAUGUACAAAAGAAUCCUGAGGCCUUCCAUUGUCAAAAUUCAGUCAGUCAGUCCCAGGCAGGAGGUGGUCCAGGCCCUUGAGACGUGGAGGAGUGAGACUGAGGGAACUUACAACUGUCUGAGGGAGACUCUCAACAAGUACAGCGUCUUCACUGGGAGAAACCCUUUGGACCUAGCUGGUGUGGCUCAUGAUGAUAUUGAUCCCACAAUGUUCAGUAUCAGUGGUGAUCAGCAAAUGGAUCCAGGGACUACCAGCCUCCAUGAGUUGAUGGUCAAGCAUGGAGUCACUUACGAGCAGUUGGAUAGAGAAAUCAAGGACAAAGACACCGCCCUCAUAUCUACACACUUUGAUGAUUUUGAAAACUACAUCCACCGACUUGAGUUGACUGGAAAUGAACAAGCUGACGUAAAGAAAAUCGCUCAAGUUAGUGGCAAUCAAGUGGCAGUGAUCAACUGUUUGUCAAUCUGGAGGGGUCACGAACCCAGCGAAGCAACCUUCAGAGCACUGAUUAAGAUCUUAUUGGAUCUGAGGAAGGAAGAGAUUGCUACCAAGAUCUGUCAGUACUUGAAAGAAAAGACCCAAUGAUCUAUGAGUGCUGAGAGUGACUGACUGUAAAGCUAGAGCUAUGUGUGUAGGACUCUUGUACACAAUGGACAUUCUUGUAUGUGUGCUUUUUAUUAUCCAAAUUGUAUACAAUGUAUAGAGAGGACUGUUUAAUACUUGUUGUGUUAUAGA